CGAAUGAACGGAACAGCUUCCGGUUUCUAAACCGCUCAGGCAGCGGAAAUUAUUAAACUCGGCGGAACUAAUCUGCGCAGCGUUACGCUCAAUUCUAUUUCUUUUAACGACAUAUAACGCCUUUUAUUUAGAAGUUAUUUGUGGGGAAACGGUGAAAUUCAAUUUGAGUCUCUUGAUUAUGGUGUAAACGGGGCAGUUCAGGGACUCUGACAGCGGCAGGUGUGUGAGAGUGUGUAUGUUGGUCUGCUGGUAUGCUGACGUUAGCUAGUAAGUUGAAGAGGGAGGAGGGUGUGAGGGCCGGCCGGACCCCUGCAGGCUCCAACGAUGCCUCUCAUAGAGUGUCCGUCAGAGAUCGACUGCUCAUCAAAGAGGUUGCAGAACUUGAGGUUAACCUUCCAAAUACCUGUAAAUUAACGUUUCCUGAUGAAAACAAACUGUAUCACUUCCAGUUGGCCAUUUCACCAGAUGAAGGCUAUUACCUUGGUGGAAAGUUUCAGUUUGAGAUUGAAGUUCCCGAAGCCUAUAAUAUGGUGCCUCCCAGAGUCAAGUGUUUGACUCGAAUAUGGCAUCCGAACAUUGCAGAAACUGGGGAGAUCUGUCUGAGUUUAUUGCGAGAGCAUUCAAUUGAUGGUACUGGAUGGGCACCCACUCGUACUCUAAAGGAUGUAGUAUGGGGACUGAAUUCACUCUUCACUGACCUUCUUAACUUUGAUGACCCACUGAAUAUAGAUGCAGCAGAACAUCAUUUACGGGACAAGGAGGAUUUCAGGAACAAAGUUCAGGACUUCAUCAAAAACUAUGCAAGAUGAUGUCUCUGUCGAGCCACUCUCACAUGCAUGUGACUUUGCAGACGCACGUCGAUCCAGACUGCAGCAGAGACAAAAUCUCAAACUAUUAAAACACACUCGGGCAAAGAAGAAAGUAAACUUGCGCAAUGAAUGACGCCAUGAGUCCCCCGAUCCAGAUUUGGGAGGGGGGUGGGGGUUGUGGGCCUUGCUGUCCAUUUCCGAUGGCUUUUUUUUUUUUUUUUUGUUGUUUGUUUUUUGAAGCGGACACUCGUGCAGGUUCUUUUAAAUCAAGUUUGCUUUUACCCCCUCCCCCCACAAAAAAAAAGAAAAGAAAAAGAAGUAUAAAGACGGUGAUCAUGAAAACGAGGACGUAUAACCUCUCUGAUGUCACCUCCUAUGCUAGUGCCUCUGUGUUUUUGCCACAUAUAACUGGACAUACGUUGUAAGCCAACUUCUGCAGCCUGCUUCUUCUCAAAACCUGAAAAACCUACGAACGCUGAGAUUAAUCUGUUCAUAAGUGAUGUCAUAGAAAUCCCAAAGCUCCAUUGGUUCGUUCGCUCUGGGGGAGGAGCCCACCGACGAGGAAUCGCAAAAACAUAAAGCACUGAUGUCCCGCAGAAUACGGUUUCCGAACGGAUUCUGUAAAGCCAUUUCUUGUAACUCGGCACCUCCCUUCGUGUAAAAUCACUGCAGUUAUCAGACUACUCCGUAUCACACGUGCACACGCGCAAAUAUCAGAGUAUCUGUGCCUCUGAAUGAGUUCUAAAACUGCUUCAGUUCAAAUAUGUGAGGUGUGUGUUUGCGGGUGAAUCUCAUGAAUGUCCGGGUCACAUUUUUUUAUGGAAGCCAGAUUACUCUAUGGAAUGAAAAUAAAAAAUGGAAUUGUGACCUUUUAUCCAACAAUUCUGACUUGAUUUGCAAAACAUAUAUCAACUCAGAAUUGUGAGAAAGUCUGAAUUGCUUUGUCUGAAUUCCAGGUUUGUAUCUUGUUUUUUUUUUUUUUUUUUUUUUUUUUUUUACUUUCCUCCCGAAUUCUGUGUUUACAUCUCGCAGAUCUGUUUAUUUAUUUGGUUUUUGCUAUGGAAUGCAAAAUAAAAAAGGUUUAUUGCAAGUAAGUUGAUUAUCUUAUUUAGAUUUUUAUUCUCAUAAUUAAGAGAUUAUCUCGCAAUUCUAAGAAAAAAGUCUGAAUUGUGAGGUUAAAAACAUGAGAACUCAGAAUUGUGAGAUUAAAAAGUUUCAAUUUCAUUAUUUUAAUCCCGUGUCCUGCAUUUGACCCCAAAAUCUAAACUGUAAAAACAAGAAACUCUUAUUUUGCAUAUGAGACCUUAUUUUUAUGAUAAAUUAAGCAUUUUUCCCCCACAUUUAAACAAUAUAUAAUUUUUCCUGCAUUGGGGCAGUGAGUAUUUUGUCAAAACUAUGCUUAAUUAUCAUCAGAUAUGACUCAAACACGUUCAGGACGGGUUUCGUGAGAUUCACUCUCGCUCUCGUAUGCAUUUUCGUCAGUGUAUACAUGUUCAGCUUUACUGAUGUGUGCAUGUACACAAGAAUACUUGUAUGCUUGUACCGUGUUUGUGUGAAAGUGCGUGUGUGUGUGUGUUUGAGCGGGAGAGACUGGGAUUUUAAUACAUGUCUGAUUUGGUAGCAUGCACUGGGCUACUGAACUGCUCAGCCAUAAAGCCUGUUCAAUUAGUGAGGAUUUACUUUAUUUAAAUUGAUUUCUUUUCUCCUUAGAGGUGUAUAUCCAUUUGUAAAGUAUAUUAAAGAAGAAUUCUACCACUAA